UUAGUGUCCUUGGAGUUAAAUAAGCUAAUACUUAGACACCUCUGGCACAAGCAAUUAUGUUUGUGUAUUGAAUAAUUGAUUCAAAGAGGGGGGAAGGGCUGCUAAUCAGAUCGGAGCAUAAUGAAUUGAUUUAAUUAACAGGGGAAUCCUCGGGUCGCCGCAAAGAAGCGCGCGCGGCGCAUUUAUUGCUCGGAGCGGAGCGGGGCGCGCACAGACGCGCGCACGCAGGCGGCGGGAGCACUUUGUCACGUUGGCGAUUGGAUUUGUUUGAAUGUACUUGUCGUCUGGGAGCGAAUGAGAGCGCAUUCGCAUCCGGGAGAAGAGAAAGCUCAGCCCGGCUCGGCGUGCGCCUCAUCCGCCCCUCCAGCGCGCACCGCACGGCGCAUUCAGACCACAUUUACGCCUCCCUCUUUUUCUUUUUCUUUUCCUUUUUUUCUCUCUCUCUAAAUAUUCGCAUGGAAGUCAUUCAAAGCGGUUCGGGCUUAUUUGAUUUGGGCUGCGGUUCAAGUGCGGAGACGCGCAUCCGGCCACGACAGUCGGCGGCGUGCUAACUCUCGGUCCUGUUUUCCCAGAGAGGUGCGUCUUUCAUCCGGUUUUUCUCCGAACGACACAGAAAGACAUUCCCGGUGAGACGCUCCGAGCGGAGCCGGCCGCGCAGCCUAACUGGAGCCAAGGACGGAUCGGCCGGGGAAGGACUCGUCGUUCCUCAGGACCAUGGUGCUGGACAAGGAAGAAGGUGUGCCGAUGCUCUCCGUCCAGCCCAAAGGGAAACAGAAGGGGUGCGCUGGCUGCAAUCGCAAGAUUAAAGACCGCUACCUACUCAAGGCUCUGGACAAAUACUGGCAUGAGGACUGUCUCAAAUGUGCCUGCUGCGACUGCCGCCUUGGGGAGGUGGGCUCCACCCUUUAUACGAAAGCCAACCUCAUCCUGUGUCGCCGGGACUACCUAAGGCUCUUUGGUACUACAGGAAACUGCGCAGCCUGCAGUAAACUGAUCCCAGCCUUUGAGAUGGUGAUGAGAGCCAGAGAUAAUGUUUACCAUUUGGACUGUUUUGCCUGUCAGCUUUGUAACCAGAGGUUUUGCGUGGGCGACAAGUUUUUCCUUAAAAACAACAUGAUUUUGUGUCAAAUGGACUAUGAGGAGGGUCAGCUGAACGGGAGCUUCGAGUCGCAGGUCCAAUAGUGGGAGCCUUGUAACCGUGGCAGCGACAAUCAGCUCCACGCGUUCCACCACACUAUGGAUGUUCUGCUGCACUUGGAAAAAAAAGACAAGCGUCUGUCUGCUUGCCUGCAAUACUUUUUAAGACCCCUUUAUUAGUUCCCGAGGACUCCAUUGUAAAUCUUCAACUUUUUGCCCCCCAACACUGAGCAGUUACAAAUGUUGAUGUACAGUUGUGCCUGCUUAGCUGAGCACUACAUUGCUUGUACGUUUUGUGAAAUCGGUUUCCAGGUUUGUUUUCUUUUAGAAAUGGUUACUUGGAGGGUAUGUACAGUACAUGUUUUCUCUGUACAUAUAAACUGGAACAUUUAUUUUAUGAAAUGUAAUGCAAUUUUAUUACUAGUGUGAAUUAAAGAUUCUUAAAUGUUCACAGUGAGUUUUUUUUUUUUUUCUUCCUCUUGUACCAAAACCAAAGUUGUUGGAGAGGGAGUCCAUCGCUUGAUUGAAAUGUAAUCACGUCUCCAAAACGGCAAAGGUGGGAAAAGGCCUUGCAAGAGAAAUUAUAUUUGAAGUCGUUCUUGAAAUCAUCAUGCAACAAAAUGUGUUUUGUUACAUUGUACAGAGCUCUGAUGGAAUUAGAUAAACUGUU